AUGGAGAAAAAUAUUUCCAUUUCUGUCCGACCAGGCCCUGACGUUAUCGAGCCUUUGGCUGAGCACAACGCAACCAUCAUCUUCAUCCACGGCCUGGGCGACAAGCCAGAAACACUGCAUGAGCCCAUCGACCAGUGGAGGAGCAAUGGGCAUCUUGAUAACAUUAAAUUUGUGUUGCCUCAUGCGCCCAUAAUUCCGUUUACAGCGAAAGCGAGCGCUUAUAUGCCGGCAUGGUUUGAUAUUAAAGUUUACGAUGGCUCGCCAGAUGCGCUUCAGACGGAUGAAGACGUGGAUGGUAUUUUCGCCAGUAGGGAUUACAUCCACAGCCUUAUCGAAGAAGAAAUCAGCGCCGGGAUCCUGUCCGAGCGCAUCAUGCUCGCCGGGUUUUCCCAAGGCGGAGUGAUAGCCGUGGCUGCUGGCUUGACCUAUUCGCAGCCUCUUGCUGGCAUCGUUUUGCUUUCGGCAUGGCUGCCAUUAGCCCAGAAAUUCAUGGAAUACGUCCCUGAAGAAAAUCCAAACAAAGAAACCCCCAUUUUCCAGGGCCAUGGUGUAGAUGACCGCUUGGUGCCGGUGGGAUUUGCCAAGAAGAGCCGGGAGGCACUGACGGCGAUGGGAUUUUCAGUUUCAUGGAAUGUGUACGGCCGACUGGGUCAUGAGACUUGCGAGGACGAGCUGGACGAUGUAGAGGCGUUUAUUGAAGAAAAGCUGCUGUAG